GUGAAGUUAGAGAAGUCCGACUUCAAAUUUUUGUACUAACGCCUCCCCAUCCGUGCGUAAUGGUGCGGGACUGCGCCGCAGAUGUUUGUGUGCAGGAAUGCUUUUCUACUUCUUGAGGUUGGGGUUAGGGUUGAAUUUUAUACGAAUUAGUAUGUUGUAGGCCAAUGACUGCCCAUAUGAAGGUGCAGGCCUACCUCUCUUUUUCUAAACAACCACAAGGCAUCUAAACAGUUCCAGGCUGUGAGUUAGUUUAUCUGUACCUCCCUGAACUCUCCGAUUAGCCGGGCAGGCAGCUGUCGUCAUCAGCAGCACCCCCGGUUUUUCCCCUUUCCUAAAUGGAUGGGGCUGUCCUGCUUCAUGCACAGUUCCACGGAAGCCAAAAGAUUGGAACAACUUGUGAAUUCACCCGUCAGUUUGGUUUGCGUUUGCGGUAAAGUUCAGAAGAACGCUCGACGGCGGCUUCGCUGAAGAAGUUAAAGAUUGAGAAGUUUUUUUUCUUUCUCAUAAACUGUGCGGCGUUCAGGACUGGAGCAGGAGAGGAGGGAGAGGGAACAGCGGUUUGCCUACUACAACGUUUACAAUAGAAAGGAAACUUCAACUCCCGUGAGGAGUGGACUGAAGUGAAGUGGCAGCUCGUAAUUCCACAAUGGCUUUCGCUCUGGAUUGUAUAUAUUUAUUGAUGUGCUGUUCUCUCAACUUGAUAUUUUUAGAUCACAAACAUACUGUGAAAUCACAUGAACAUCUCUCUGGAAAGUUAAGUGAAUAUGGUCUUAUCGUGCCGUUCAGCACAGACUCCCACGGCCGCUACAUCUCCCACGUGGUCUCAGUCUCAGGAGCCUGGGCCUCAGCUGCAACGGGAGAAAGUGAAAGUGAAGGUGCUGAUGCAGGUGGUGGUGCUGGUGCUUCCUCAUCCCCUGGUCUGGGAAAGAGGCGUGUUGCCCGUAGCGUCCCCGAGACUCCCUCUAUCACCUCUGGCGCAGGCCAACACCUGUUUUUCAACGUCACUGUGUUUGGGAAAGAGUUGCACCUUCGCCUCAAAGCAAACAGGAGGCUGGUGGCUCCGGGGGCAUUUGUGGAAUGGCAGGAGGACUUCGAGGAGAAGGCUAAGGAGCGUCUCCACGGGGACUGUGUUUUCACUGGUGACAUAUCCCACAUGCCAGAGGCCACUGUUGCCAUAAGCAACUGUGAUGGACUGGCAGGCCUGAUCCGGACUGAUAACGGGGAGUUUUUCAUCGAGCCUCUGGAGAAGGGUCAGCAGGAUGUGGAGGUGAAAGGUCGUGUCCAUGUGGUCUACAGGAGAUCUGCCAUCAAAAGUGAACCAGUCCAAACAAGGAAGGACCUCCCCAAUGAAGUGACAGACUUUGGGAUUGCUGACCUCCCCGGUGCUCUGGACCUCUUGGAGCUCAAGCUGACAGAGUCUGAGCGCAAAAGGCGGCACGCCAAGAAGGACGACUACAACAUCGAGGUGCUGCUGGCUGUGGACGACUCUGUGGUGCGCUUCCAUGGCAAGGAGCACGUACAGAACUAUGUUCUCACACUCAUCAACAUAGUUGAUGAGAUCUACCCCCAAAUGAGUCUUUUGGGAACCAACAUCAACAUCGUACUCGUCCGCAUGAUCAUGGUCGGGUACAGACAGUCCAUCAGCCUGAUCGAGCGUGGGAACCCGUCCCGUAGCCUGGAGCAGGUGUGUCGCUGGGCCAACACGCAGCAGCGCCGGGACCCCGAUCAUGCUGAGUACCAUGACCAUGCCAUCUUCCUCACAAGGCAAGAUUUUGGUCCCGCAGGUAUGCAAGGUUACGCCCCGGUGACAGGCAUGUGCCACCCUCUGAGGAGCUGCACUCUGAACCACGAGGACGGAUUCUCCUCGGCCUUCGUGGUGGCGCACGAGACCGGACAUGUGUUAGGUAUGGAACAUGACGGACAGGGGAAUCGUUGUUCUGACGAGACCAGCAUGGGGAGUAUCAUGGCACCACUGGUCCAAGCAGCCUUCCAUCGCUACCACUGGUCACGCUGCAGUAAACAGGAACUGAACCGAUACAUCCACUCUUAUGACUGUCUCCUGGACAACCCUUUUGAACACAAGUGGCCCAAGCUUCCUGAGCUACCUGGGAUUAACUACUCCAUGGACGAGCAGUGUCGUUUUGAUUUCGGCGUGGGCUACAAGAUGUGCACCGCUUUCCGGACCUACGAUCCCUGCAAGCAGCUGUGGUGUAGUCACCCUGACAACCAGUACUUUUGUAAGACCAAGAAGGGUCCUCCGGUGGAUGGGACGGAGUGUGCACCGUCGAAGUGGUGCUUCAAGGGCCACUGUAUCUGGCGCUCCUCUAACCAGCCUCAGGGCCAUGACGGUAACUGGGGGUCCUGGACUAAGUUUGGGUCCUGCUCCAGAACCUGUGGAGGUGGAGUACGCUCCCGGAGCAGAACUUGUAACAACCCUGUGACUUCUACCUACAUCCUGUUAGGACUUCUACCUACAUCCUCUGUGAAGAAUCAAGUGACAGGCAGCUUCAUAUUGAACGCAAAAAGUGGAGAUGCCAAGUCCAGAACCUUCAUCGAGAGCGGUUUGGAGUGGGAGUACGUCUUCGGAAGCGGCGAGAAAGAAACCCUGAAAACAAUCGGCCCCCUUCACGAGGGCAUCGUUGUUCUGGUCAUUCCACAGGAGGAGGACACUAAGAUCAGUCUGACAUAUAAGUACAUUAUCCAUGAGGACCUGCUGCCGGUCAUCACCAAUAACAAUGUUCUCCUGGCCGAGCUGGAUACCUACGAGUGGGCCCUGAAGAGCUGGUCGCAGUGCUCUAAACCCUGUGGGGGAGGUAUACAGUACACCAAAUACGGAUGCAGGAGGAAUUUACAGUCAUUGGUGCACCGGAACCUCUGUGAAACCAGCAAGAAGCCCAAACCCAUCCGGAAGAGGUGCAACGUGAACGAGUGCAGCCAGCCAACGUGGUUGGUGGAGGGAACCCGAUGCAGUAAGAGUGGGAAGAUUGGCUACCAGUCCAGGGUUGUUCAGUGUAUGCAGGUCCUCCACAACGGCACCAACCGGACGGUCCACACUAAGUACUGUACAGAGGACAAGCCUGAGACCAGGAAGGUCUGUAACCCCUCUGCCUGCCGCCAGUGGAGGACAGGGGCCUGGUCACAGUGUUCAGUAAGCUGUGGAGAGGGGAUUCAACAGAGACAGGUUGUGUGUAGAGCCACAGACAACACCAUCGGCCAGUGUGAGGGAGACAAGCCUGAAACUGUCCUCAUCUGUAAACUGAGCCCGUGUCCAGGACAGUCAUCGCUGCCCCCGUUCACUAAAGAAGCCAUGGAGAAUUCAACGACAAAGACGGAGGGUGUACAUCAGAUUGUUCCUGAGAAUCCUGUCCACAAACUCUCCUUCAAUGAGCCAUGUCUUGGAGACAAGUCUAUAUUCUGCCAGAUGGAGGUCCUAGCCCGUUACUGUUCCAUUCCUGGCUACAACAAGCUGUGCUGUGAGUCCUGCAACAGGAAGGAAGGCUUCACCACCCUCUUCUCUCCAUCCCCAGACCUCCACAAGACUGGAGGAUCCUCCGACUCAGACUCUGAGACUGGCCAGGAGACCUCUACCCAGCCCAACCCCACCGCCUCCACCACCCAACCACCAGACUCCCCGCUCCCCACCACCACCCAGAGCCCAUCCCGAACCACUAAGACCCCUAGACGGCCUCGCUCCACUGCUCAGGGCCUGACCACCUCACCGUCGGCGAGUGCCGUCGUUCCCCAGGGUCCUUCCUUUGGGGUCGGAGAUGGAGACUUGGUCCCUGGGCUCCCUUCUCUACCUCCAGGUCCCAGCCCGCCUCUCCGGCCCCGGCUCCGAUCCAUCGCUUCUCCAGACUCCAAUGGAGACGCUGCUUUAUCGCCAUCUAAAGAGCACAGCAGUCCAAACAACCGCUCUUUAGGCCAAUCCGCCGGCCCCGGCCCUGAACCCGGGCCUGCUGGAACUGUGGCUGGCGUUGCUGCUGCCAGGUCAAGAAGGGAGGAUGUAGGAUCAGACUCGGCUCACAGGACCAGAACAACCAGAACCCUGUCCCAUGUGCUGACAUGAUCACUGACUUAUCCUGGGACUUGCUGCUCAGUAAUAUGGUCCACCGUGACUUCUGUCAGCUCAACGUUAUUGCAACGUUGUUACAGCAUUAGAGUGUUACAGCGUUACAAUGUGACAAUGUUACAAUAUGACAAUGUUACAAUGUGACAACUUUAUUACAACAUUGUUACAACAUUAUUACAACCAUCUGAUGGAUUAUCCUGGACUGGACUCUCAGCCAAUUGCUGCAAGAAUAAAUUAACAUAAAAUCAAAAAUAAAAAUCCAUGCCAGUGGACUUAGACCACUAAUGGUUACCUCAUCAGACCAGCAGAGUGAUCUCUAUGCACUGCAUCACUCAGCCCUCUCUGCUUCAGUUAAUAAAUGGAAUAAUAAACAAGAAAAUAAAAUGGUGCUGGAACUAAAAUGACUACAAGACAUGUUAAACAAUGUGACGACUGCAUUGCUACCAUUUACUUCCUAAUCUGUGUACAGUUGUGCAAACGUAUUUUGAAAGUGCAUCAGAACUACUUAUUGAACUUUAAUAUUGUGAAGAUAUUGUGUGGCACGGCCCAAAAAAGAAACGUCACUUUGGGGGCUGUCACAAGUUGAAGUGAUGAUCUCACAAGUAUUAGUGAUGUCACAAGUUUGGAGAUGAUGUCACAAUGUAUUGGUGAUGAUGUCGCAGUGUCUUGGUGAUGAUGGCACUUCCUCCAGGGAGCUUUGUAACCUCUCCCCAUUGGUGCUCUUAUUGUUGACGUGCCUCCCAAACAACCAUUUACAAGAGAUUGACCUCAGAGGUCAUCUAAAGGUCAACAGGUCAAGUCUGUUUGUAAAGCCAACCCCACUGUAGCAUGCACAUUA